AUGGGUUUUCUGUUGCUUGUGUCCCUAGGUUUACUGUCGCUUGCGUCCAUUGGUUAUCUGGCUGUUGCUACCAUUGGUACUCGGUGCAACCCUGCCAUUGGUUCUAUGGCUCUUCCUGCGGUCGGUAUUCGGUCCCUUGCGUCCAUUGGUUAUGUGGCUCCUACUGCCAUUGAUGUUCGGUCUGUUGUGUCCAUUGGUUGUCUGGCUGCUGCUGCCAUUGAUGUUCAGUAUGUUGUGUCCAUUGGUUGUCUGGCUGCUGCUGCCAUUGUUGUUCGGUAUGUUGCGUCCAUUGGUUCUCUGGCUCAUGCUGCCAUUGGUUUUCGGUCGCUUGCGUCGGUUCCUCUUCUUUCGCUUUUGUCCCACUCCCUGACGCCCCAGUACGUUUUUUACUUUUACUUUGGUUAUUUGGAACGAUUUCCUUACACGUCCUUGCAUUAUGAGCUGUGUUAUGGCAUCUACUACACCUUCUUAUUUUUGGUUCCUCAGCUUGAGAGGGAAUACGAUUAG